AUGUCCCAGCAUCAGUUCAGCCAUUCAUUCCCAGCCAAUCAGACGUCAGUACUGCUGGCCGACCGACCAAUCAAGAGCUGGAACAGGAGCCCUAGUCUCAGGCCCGAUUUCCCGGGGGAGGGCGGCCGGAACCGGCCGUCGCCCGCCUGGAACCCCGUAGCCAGCGGCCGGCCGCGGGGCCGUUUUGUCCUGAGGGCCAGAGAAAGAGAGAAGCAGGUGGGGGACAGCCACGUGGCCGCAGGAGGAUUUACAACAUUUUCUUUCGCCAACGACGAUAUCGCAAAAUGUGUGAGAGAGGCGGCGGCGCAACCCGGACCGCAGCGUGAGGCCGCGGGCCCGGUAAGUAGCCCCGGCAGUUUCGCCGCGGACGGGACCGGGGGGCGACCGCGGGCACCGGCCACGCGCAGCGGCUCCGCGGGGUCUCGGCCGGGUCCGCGCUCUGAAGGGUCUCGAGAGCCAUGGGUGGUGCAGGUGGGGCCCUCGAACCGAAGCAUCUCCGGUGACCCGGGGUUGCCGAGGAGGUGUAGACCAGCACAGGUGGUCCGGCCGGGGCGCCUCCGAAUCCGGGGGUGGUCAAGACGGAUCUCCAAGGCUGAGGUCGGCAGUCCGGGGGACUCGCAGCUGCUGAGCCUGUGGAGACGCGGACCCGUGACCGAGGCACCCUCCAGCAACCCAGGGGCAGCGUUUUCCCCCUACCGGAAAUCUGAUGGGCUUAUGACAUCAUGGCUGGCUGCUGAGCGAUGAAGUGGAUGCCACAAAGAAAUCCGACAUAUCAGAUAGAUUCUGAAAUCGGUUUCCCUCCAGCUGUAGUAACAGGCGUGAAGUCAGGAGAAUUUGAUCUUUGUUUAAAAAAAAAAAAAAAAACCAUAACAAA